AUGGACCGAGUGCGCGCCGCCCUCGUCGCAGCGGCCGACUCGCGAGGAGGGAGCGCCCAACAGCCCGGCGGCGGCGGCGGCGGCUGGCCAGAGUGGCCCACGUCGCCCUCGGAGCCCGACCCUUCGGUCCCGACGCCUCAGCCUGGCCACGGCAGCAGCCACGCAGACCAUGUGCGUCCCCGACAGUCCUCUCCCACGAGCCUGCACAGAGCGCAUACUGACCCUGUGCCCGCCGCGCCUGCCCCCUUCGCCGCCCCGUCCUCCUCCCCGCCUCGGUCACCUACCUCGGCUGUGCAGACCCUCGCCAUCCUCAUCCCGCUCAUCGUCGUCCUCACGACCCUCCUCGUCCUCACCUUCCUCCUGACCCUCAUCCUCCUGCGGCGCAAGCGCGGCAUCGAGCUCAGCGACGAGGGCGGGCCGACCAACCUCGAGCGCGAGGACGACGUCGAGGGCGAGGGCGGGCUCGACGGCGUCGAGUCGCGAUGGCUCCAGACGGUCGACGAGCAGACCAAGAUGGGCUACGUCCGCGCCAAGAUCUGGCAGAUGCAGUACCCGCCCAACUCGCAGCCGACCGAGAUCACGCUGUCGCAGUUCCUGUCGAUCCAGGAAAAGGGCGUCUCGGCAUGGUCGUUCGAGCCCGACUACGAGUCGAACCCGGCCAUCGUCGUCGAGCAGCGCACCGAGAUCACGUUCCUCGCCGACGGCUACGGCAUGGCGCCGGAAGAAGGCGGCGGGUGCUGCGUCCAGAGCAACCUGCCCGUGCCCAAGCUCAACGACGUGUACUACUUCGAGUCCAAGAUGUACGAGAAGCCCGAGGCGACCAACGUUUCGAUCGGCCUCACCACCAAGCCCUACCCGUCCUUCCGCCUCCCAGGCGUCAGCCGGUACUCGGUCGGCUACCAUUCGGCCGACGGCUUCAAGUCGCACUCGUUCCCGUUCACGGCCACGCCGUACGGCCCGCCCUUGCUCGAGGGUGACACGCUCGGCGUCGGGUACCGCCCCCGCACCGGCACCGUCUUCUUUACGCGCAACGGCAAGAAGCUCGACGAGGCCUUUGUCGGCUUCAACCGCCACAACGUGUUCCCGACCGUGGGCGCCGACGGCCCGUGCAGCGUCCACGUCAACCUCGGCCAGGCCGGGUUCGUCUUUAUCGAGGCCAACGUCAAGAAGUGGGGGCUCGCGCCCAUGAUGGGCACGCUCGCGCCCCCGCCGGCGUACGGCUCGGAGCGCGGCAGCAUCCUCCUCGAGUCGGCCGCCAACCCGGCGUCGUCGUCGUCGGCCUCGUCGGCAGCC